GUCGAGUCACCACUGGAUGUGUUAUUCAACGUAACCUCUGCACUCACGGAGGUAACUGACAACGGAACACAAACAAAGAGUAUCAUUUCAGACUCGACAUCAAAAAGAGCAACAGAACAAAUGGCACAAGCAUCAUCUAAACAACCAAAUGUUGAUGCUCAACCAACCGUUGCGGAUGAUGAGAAAAUAGUGGUAAGUUGUGAUGAAAUACACAGAAGAGGAUAUUAUCCGAACAACACUCAUGAUGAGAGAUAUUCAAUCGCUUUCGUUAGAGUCGUUUACAAGGUGAAUUCGUGGGUUCAUUUCAAUCAACGGAUAAUUCCGUUAAAGUUUCAUUUGUUCAUUCAGAAUCACGAUAUUCCGUUGAAAACGAACCGUGAAAUGAUUACCAUAUUAAAAGCGUUAAAUGGCAGCAACAAUGUUGAGAUCAGCUCACCACCUGAAUCGCGGAUUCCCAAAUCCGACGACUGGACCUUUCGAGCACUUGGUCUUUUUCAAGAAUCAGAAGAAAAUGAUAACAGAACGCUGAACAUAGCGAAAGGAGGUACAUCAAAUGCAUUGUCACGAUCAUUCGUUGAAUUCAUCGUGGAUAAGCUCAAUUUAACAACUCUUUUGCAACGUUUCGAUACGAUUGGAUUAGGAAGUGAUGAAAUGCUCAUACAUACUCUGAACGCUGAAGAUGCACUCGGUUGCUCUGAUUCAACAUUGAUCAAGGCUGGCUCAGCAAAAAAAAUAAGCGAAUUGAAAUUAUUUGCAGAUGCUCCAGGUGGUUACACGAGGAAAUGUUUGGGUUUUAAUUAUCACUUGAUUACGAGAUACACAGUGUGGGAAUGGGAUAAUCUUCCGUGCCAUAGCAAAUUUUUUCGUCAUGCUGUUUGUAUAUUCGNUGUUGAAGAUUUGAAAGAAAUACGCGAAUCACCGUUCUUAUUCGCUAAUAAGAUGGUGCCGGAAAUCGAUUACGGCGUUAUUUCUUGUUGGGCGAAAGAGCUACACAAUAGAAUCUAUCGAAAAGAAAAUCACCCAAUUGACGUGAAUUAUUAUUCAAACUUGAGAAGCGUUGUUUUCCAUAACGACAAGCAAAAAUGGCGAUCCGAUAUGGAAGCAUUCAACUGCACUGGAUGA